AUGCAGGCUGAAGUAGCCAAGAAAUGCAGGAAUGGACCCGACGAGAUGUACUUGAACGUAAUUUGGUCAUUUACCCUGGACACCAAGAGAUCACUCAAGGCCGCCAAUUACAUCUGCCAUGAACAUAACCUGCGGAUAUUUUUCAAGCACAAAGAUGGCUGUCUGCGGGAGCAAGAAAAAAACGCGGAACUCUGCUCUCAAAUAAAAAAUGAAACUAUGCGAGAUGUGGUCUCGGAACUGCGAAUGCAAUCAGGAAAUCGUACGUUUUCCCCAGAAGCGUACCUCGAAAAUCUGAAAUACAUUCUCACAAAAUAUGAGUGCACAUCCACUCUGGCAAAAAUAGCCUGCCUGGAUGCUACCCUAAGAAAUAAAUGCCAUCUCGAUGCUGUCCUCCUCAUCGUCAACUACUUCAAGGAGACCCUUCCGCCAGACUGUGUUUUCCAAGAUCCCUCCUCGUCGUCGAUGUCAAAGCCUCAUUCCGUAUCAGUGUCAUUCCAACUACAACCGGAUAUAGCGACUCGAGCACAGUACGUCGACGGACUGGCUGCAGACCGCCAGUUCGAGGCCGCCGAUAAGGACAUCAUGAGUGAUUUUCCAGUGGCAAGCAGUGGCCACUUCAGAGCACAUCCCUCGGCAGCCAGUGUGCAGAAGCUGACCACUUCAGGCUCCGCCAUCAAUGCAGGGCACUGCCUCAUCAUAUUUUUGGUGCUGGUUGUCUUAUUGAGACGUAAAACUGCUGUUUAA